AAACCUCAAUCCAUCAUUCUUUUUUUGAGACUUUUAAAGCAUCAAUUGUAUCUUGAAGAGGGAGCUCGCACAGCCAAGACCAGUGGCUUAUCAAACUGCCAUGGCCAGCACAGAGUCACUUUCAGUAGUCCCUCCAGCGGUUGACACCACGGCAGCGGAACCCACUGAGCCAGCACCACUGUCACCAACUAACGAGUACAUGCAGCAUAUCCUCCCAGAUUCUCUAGAGGCAUUUCUUCGGUCAUAUGAAAACUUGCACGAAAUUGUCGCACAUACAGAAAACUUGUACCAUGGACCAGAUGCCAUUACACACGAUCGCGCGAGGUUCGCUGAGACGUAUGGACAGACUAAAGGAUACGCUGUACAAGGGGUCUCAGCUCUGGCAUAUCAACUCUAUACGGCAGCCGAAAAGCUGAAAGGAUUCCUUGAAUUGCAGGCCAGGAGGGUGGAUAAAGUUGGGCUUGAGACCGAGGCAAUCGAUCAGAGAUUGAAAUUCGCUUUUGAAGAUUUGGAACGACGAUCCUUGGGACAACCCAUGGAAAAAGUUUACAGGAAGAGCAAGAAGAUUGUAAAGAUUGAUGCUGGCCUGCCCAAGCUUCCAGCCCAACCAGCUCUCCAAUUGGAUCUUAACGCUUACGACCACGUUGGUGUGAUACCUGAGUCUGGGUCUAGCCGUGCUUCACGGUAUUCUGUUACAAUGGUUUACGCUCCCUCCAAAAUGAGUUUGGGGGCGGCCGCGGCUGCCUCGCUCUCGCGGGCCGACACGACCGUGGCCAUGAGGUCUGGAGUUAUUGGGGCUUUUAGACAGGCUAUAGAGGAGCCUGAAGUGAAGAAUACAUCCAAGGCAGGCUCCGUGGCGUCGUUGACAAGAGUGGCCUAUGACGGUAGUGGGAAAAAGUCGGUGCGAGGUGAAAUCUUUGGCAUACUGAAUAAUACGGCCAGUGCUAGUAGCCUAGAUAAAAAAGGGUCUUCAUCGGAUAUUGCAGCUGGACAAGAUGUGAGAUCGUCAUCGACUGCAUCGCCUGCCGUAUCGGUGAGAGGACCUACCGUGACACCAGCAGUGGCAUCCGUAGCGCCAAAGGAAGCACCAGCACCACCUGCAGCAGCGCUCGCGACACCGUCCCCGCCGCCAGCUGCGACUCCAACACCGACGAAAGAGCCCAUCUCGACGGCUCCUCAACAAAAUGUUGCUACUGUGAGUCCUGCAAGUCCUCCCCCGGCUCCAAUACAGCCCGUCCCUGCCGCGGCUGUCAUCGUGCCUACACCUCCUCCGGCACCUCAGGUGACCACGGAGCCGACAGUGCUCUACGUUGACAUUCCGCCGCCUCCUCCUGGUCCGCCCGCUGUACUAUCACCCACAGCAGCAUCAGUUCCUGCACCCCCACCUCCGCCGUCAGUGACUAGUGGGGGCCCACCAGCCCCUCCUCCUCCGCCAAUGGCGAGUGGAGGCCCACCAGCCCCCCCUCCUCCUCCAAUGGUGAGUGGAGGUCCGCAAGCGCCUCCUCCUCCUCCGCCAAUGACAAGUGGGGGCCCACCAGCCCCUCCUCCCCCACCCAUGGCGAGUGGAGGUCCACAAGCGCCUCCCCCUCCUCUGAUUUCAACAGGGGGACCUCCUCCACCUGCACCUCCACCUGCAGGUGGAAGUUUUCCUGCCGUGUCUUCUGCCCCGACAGCAGGCGGUCCGCCCCCUCCACCACCACCGCCAGCGGCAUUUGGUGGACCUCCUCCUCCGCCACCACCUGGAGCGGGAGGACCACCGCCCCCUCCUCCACCAGGGCCGCCAGCUCCUCCACCUCCAGCUUCAGGUGGCGGCAAUGAUCUACAAUCGCAGCUUGCAAAUGCGCUCAAAAACAAAGCCUUACGAAGUACAGCUCCGUCAGAACCAUCCUCACCGCUUACUCCCACACCUGGAGAAGGUCUGUCCCUUCAAGAACAAUUAGCACUUGCUGUCAAAAACCGGGGAACCUUGCGUAAGCCGGUUGAUGCCGCGCAAGCUGAAGCGGCACCUGCCCCUGCUGCACCUGCUGGGGGGCCAAUUUCAUUCCAGGACCAGCUCAAGAUGACGCUGAAAAAAAGGGGGGAUAAAUCCACAACGGAGGGAGAACAGAAGAAUGAACCUGUUCGCCCAAAAGCGGAACCUGCAGUGGAUUUCCAGUCACAGCUUCGCUCAGCAUUGAAGAGUCGCUCAACCGUAAAUGCUUCAUCAAUUGGAGCCCUUGGAAAGAAACCAGAAGAAGAUAAAGAUGCGAACCCUGCACCCGCAGCAAGUGUUCGAGAUAGAUGGAAGAACCUUGAAAAGGCCGCAACUACCACACAACCGCUCGUUCAGCGCAAAACGAGCGUGCGUGUAGCCGACGUUGUCUCCGCAGCUGUUGCCGCCAAGAAGGAAGAACAAGCUGCCACUAAAGAAGAGCCGAUCACGGACUCAACUCCCUCAACGAUCCCCGCAGCGCCCAUCCUCCCCCCAGCCCCUGGUAUCCCUCCCGGCACAAUCGUAACAGCUCUCUCGGAUUAUGCCAGCGGUGGAGAAGGCCAGUUAAGUAUGACGGCUGGGGAGACAUUCAAAGUGGUCAAAUGGGAUUAUGGAAAUGGGUGGGCGUAUGGGCAGAGUGUGGAUGGAAGCAAGUCUGGUGUAUUUCCCCAAACGUAUGUUCAACGAAGUAUGUGAACAGUUAGAGAUGGGAUGGCGGACUUGGUGGUGAAUAGGAUAUCACAUGUUACAUUUAUGAAUGGCCUCGGUAGCUCACCAUUGUAAGAGUGUCAGCCAUCGCAAAGCAUGUCUG